GACAAAAUAUAUUUCCCUCAUCACCCAAAGCUCCCCUUUGCGAGAGAAAUAAGCCAGCCCCCGGCCCGGCCGUCUCCCCCAAAACCUCCACCCCUCCCUCUUCCCCUCCACUACUCCCCCCUUGCGCGCGAUCCGGUUCUCCCGCGCCGUGUCGCGGAUCCCGUUCUCAAUUCCGCCCCCACGCCAUUGUUCUUCCGCGGCGGAGCUCGUGCCCUUUUGUUCGUCUUAUUCUUCUACCCCCCAUACCCCCGCCGGCGGCCGGUGUUGGGGGUUUUGUUUUUUGAUGCGGCCGGAUUCGGGCCCUGGCUUGUGAAUCGGAGGGUGUCGGUGGUGCGCGCGCGCGGCGGCUGUCUGCUACUGUCAUCAUGAGGCGGCGCUCCGUCCUGCCGUCGCACCACGACGACCUGGACAAGGGCGGCGGGAAGCCGCCGCAGUCGCGCCUCUGCCUCCUCGCCACGCUCUGCGUCAUGUUCUGGGUCCUCAUCUUCUACUUCCACUUCUCCGUCCUCCCCAGCGACGCCGACGCCUCCACGACGCACCCGGUCUCCGUCGCCACCGAGGCCCGCAUUGCCCGCGCCGACCCCGCGCCGGACGGCCGCGUCUCCGAACCCGACGACCCUCUCCUCGCCCCGCCCGCCGUCGUCUCGGAGCCGCCUCCUGCCACCCUCCCCAAGGAGGAGGAGAUGGAGCAGGAGGCGCCCACGGCCGUCGUCGUCGCCCAGGAGGAGGCGCCCCGCAGAGAGUACCCGUUCCAGCGGGCACUCAAGACGGCGGAGAACGAGAGCGACCCGUGCGGCGGCCGGUACAUCUACGUGCACGAGCUGCCGCCGCGGUUCAACGAGGACAUGCUCCGGGAGUGCCAGAGGCUCAGCCUCUGGACCAACAUGUGCAAGUUCAUGAGCAACGACGGGCUUGGCCCGCCCUUGGGCAACGAGGAAGGGGUCUUCUCCAACACCGGCUGGUACGCCACCAACCAGUUCGCCGUCGACGUCAUCUUCGGCAACCGGAUGAAGCAGUACGAGUGCCUCACCAAGGACUCGUCCAUCGCCGCCGCGGUGUUCGUGCCCUUCUAUGCCGGGUUCGACGUCGCGAGGUAUCUCUGGGGGUAUAACACUUCGAUGAGGGAUGCCGCGUCGCAUGACUUGGUCGAUUGGUUGAGGCAGAGGCCUGAGUGGAAUGUGAUGGGUGGCCGUGACCAUUUCUUGGUUGGGGGCAGGAUCGCAUGGGAUUUCAGGCGGUUGACGGACCAAGAAUCUGAUUGGGGCAACAAGCUGCUAUUCAUGCCAGCUGCGAAGAAUAUGUCAAUGCUGGUGGUGGAGUCAAGCCCAUGGAAUGCCAAUGAUUUUGCAGUUCCAUAUCCUACUUACUUCCACCCUGCCAAAGACGCCGACGUUUUCCUUUGGCAAGACAGGAUGAGGAGCCUUGAACGGCCGUGGUUGUUCUCGUUCGCAGGGGCUCCUCGUCCUGGUGAUCCAAUGUCUAUUAGAGGGCAGCUCAUUGAUCAGUGCAGGACAUCCAGUUUUUGUAAAUUGUUGGAGUGUGACCUUGGAGAGAGCAAGUGCCACUCCCCAAGCGCCAUCAUGAAGAUGUUCCAGAGCUCUUUAUUCUGCUUGCAGCCCCAAGGUGAUUCCUAUACCAGAAGAUCUGCCUUCGACUCGAUGUUGGCUGGCUGCAUACCUGUUUUCUUCCAUCCCGGUUCAGCAUAUGUCCAAUAUACAUGGCAUCUUCCAAAGAACUAUACGAGGUACUCUGUCUUUAUCCCUGAAGACAGCAUCCGGAAAGGAAAUGUCAGUAUCGAGGAGAUACUAAAAAGUAUCCAUCCAGAUGUUGCCAAGCAGAUGAGGGAAGAGGUUAUCAAUCUCAUACCAAGGGUGAUAUAUGCUGAUCCAAGGUCGAAACUGGAAGCCCUGAAGGAUGCCUUCGAUGUUUCGGUAGAGGCCAUCAUUAACAAAGUGACACAGUUGAGAAGAGAUAUAAUCUCAAACAGCGAAGGUAAAGAUUUUGUAGAAGAGAAUAGCUGGAAGUAUGAUCUGUUAGAAGAAGGACAGAGGACAAUUGGACCUCAUGAAUGGGAUCCUUUCUUCUCUAAGCCCAAGGACAAAGGUGGAGAUUCUACUAAUUCAUCUGAGGAAGCUGCCAAGGGUGCUUGGAAAAUUGAACAAAGAGGUCAGAAUUAGGCCACAAGUAGCUUCUCUUAGAGAUGAGAUCAAGAGAGCGCAAGAGCUAUCCUUGCUGAAGGUGCUCUGAUGCAAAUACGCGGUUAAAAGUCCCAUAGAUGCUGUAGUUUUGGUGAUCAUGUAUGUCCUUGAUGAUCCAGCCCCUACAGGUGUAAGUAGCCGUGCCACCGAAAAUGUGUGUGGGAAAAUUGACAGUCAGCCUUUGCUUUGUCCCUAUAGAUACCUUCAUACUAUAAUUUUGAUUUGUUUUCUCUCCUCAAUAAUGCUCUGUAAGUCCUUGCAGGAUUUUAGAGGUAUAACAAUUUUGGUUUGCGCUUUUUGUUUGUUUUACUCUAGCUGUAUGACUUAGAAAUUAUGUAUACUAUCGUUUGAUAAGCUCCAUGAGCAAAUAAUCAAAAGUGACUUGCAGGCUUA